UGGUAUCCCCCAGGGGCGGACUGACAACUCAUGAGGCCCCUGGGCAAUAGGGGAUCAUGGGGCCCCUAUGUCCUUGCCCACACUCAAACCAUACCCAAAAAAGCCUAUGAAAGGUACCAGGAGCAUCUCAUGGGGCCCCCUACUGACCCCGGGCCCUCGGGCAGUGCCGAAUGGUCAGUCCGUCCCUGCUUGACACCAAGUGCUGGAUUUCUAAAAUUGGAAAAUGCUUAUAAGCAAACAGUGCUUAAAAAAUCUAACAGCAGUGUUUUAAUUUUUGUCUGCCUAUACAAAUCUGAAAUGUUUUUCUUUAGAAAAUCUGUAGCAAUAUGAAUUUACACCUACAAUA